AUGAUGUUUAUGUUUGUGGUGAGUGUGGUGUUGCAGGUUGCUUAUGGACAACACCAUAUUCGAUGCAUUCCAAAAGAGAGGGAAGCACUCCUUCAAUUCAAGGCUGCCAUUGUCGAUCCUUACGACAUGCUCUCAUCUUGGACCACUCCCGACUGUUGCCAAUGGGAGGGGAUUCGCAGCAACAACCUCACCGUUCAUAUUAUAAGCUUUCACCUUCCUGGACAGUAUAAUGAAGUCUCUCGGCGUUACAUCAGCGGAGAGAUCCGCAAGUCGUUAAUGGAGUUGCGACAUUUACAGUAUUUGAACCUCAGUUCCAAUGAUUUUGCAGACAGUAAUAUUCCAGAGUUUCUUGGCUCUCUUACCAACUUGAGAUAUCUUGAUCUCUCUUCAUGUCGUUUUAGCGGACAAAUUCCAACUCAGAUAAGUUCUCUUUCUCGUUUGAAAUAUUUGAAUCUUGCUGAUAAUUAUUAUUUGAAUGGUUCAAUCCCUCGUGAACUUGGAAAUCUUUCUGGGUUGGAGUAUCUUGAUCUCAGUGGCAAUUCUUUUGAAGGAUACAUUCCUUCCCAACUUGGAAAUCUCUCUCGGCUGCAGUAUCUUGAUCUCAGGUACAAUUCUUUUGAAGGAUACAUUCCUUCCCCACUAGGAAACCUUUCAAAUUUGCAUAAACUCUAUCUUGGAGGAUAUGAUCUCAAAGUUGUCACUACUGAUCAAUGGUUAUCUAAUCUUAAUUCUUUAACCCAUCUUUCCUUCAAUUCCAUAUCUAAUUUUAACAGUUCUCCUAGCUGCCUUCGAAUCAUUGCCAAGCUACCAAAACUAAGAGAACUCAGUUUAUCUGAAUGUGGCCUUUCCGAUCAUUUGCUUCUUUCAUUCAACCCUUCCAACUUCAAUUUUUCUAGUUCCCUUUCUGUCCUUAGACUUUAUAAAAACUCCUUCAUGAAACCGAUGAUAUUCCAGUGGGUGUCAAACACCACUUCCAACCUUGUUGAGCUUGACCUUAGUUGGAAUCUCUUGGAGGGUUCCACAUCAAAUCAUUUUGGCUUGGCCAUGAAUUCGCUUGAGCACCUUGACCUCUCCUAUAAUGUGUUCAAGGGUGAAGAUUUGAAAUCAUUCAUGAAUAUAUGCACCCUACGUUCAUUAUACAUGUAUGGAAACAAUAUGACCGAAGACCUUUCGUUAAUUCUUCAUAAUUUCUCCAGUGGUUGUGUUAGAUACUCACUACAAGAAUUGAGUUUGGCAUUCAAUCAAAUCAGAGGCUCUGUACCUGACCUUUCAGCAUUUUCAAAUUUAAAAAUGUUGUAUCUUUCUUACAAUCAAUUGAGUGGGAAAAUACCUGAAAGCACUAGAUUGCCAUCUCAUUUAAAGCUGUUGUCAGUUAGCUUUAACUCUUUAGAAGGUGGUGUUCCAAAAUCAUUUGGGAGUACAUGUACAUUGGAGUUAUUGGAUUUGUCUUCUAAUAAGUUGAGUGAAGAUCUCACAGUGAUAUUUAAUCAUUUGUCUGGAUGUUCUACAUACUCAUUACGAGAAAUAUAUCUUGAUCAAAAUAAAGUCAAUGGCACAUUACCCGAUUUCUCAAUAUUUGCAAAGUUGGAAACGUUGGAUCUCAGUAUCAAUCAAAUUAGUGGUACUUUGCCUAGCAACCUCGCAACAAUGUUCCCAUCAUUAAAAGAAUUGUACCUUCAUAGUAACAAGUUAAAUGGGACAAUUUCUGAAAAUCUUCGAUUUCCAACAGAACUUGAGGUAUUAUACUUGAUGUCAAACUCUUUGAAAGGUGUGUUAACUGACUCUCAUUUUUAUAAUAUGACAAAGUUAGAGAGAUUGAUAUUGUCAGAUAACUCAUUGACCUUAGAAGUUAGUCAAAAUUGGGGUUCAACUUUUCAAUUGGAUACUAUUGAAUUGAGGUAUUGCAAGCUUGGUCCAUUGUUUCCCAAAUGGCUUGAGAAACAAAACAAAUUUCAAGACCUUGACAUUUCAAAUAGUGGAAUAUCAGGUGUCGUUCCAAAAUGGUUUUGGACCAAAUUUGGAUUGUCAAAUUGGAUGAGUAUUAAUAUUUCAUGCAACAAUUUACAAGGUACGAUUCCAAAUUUGCCAAUAGAGAAUCAUUAUUCUUCUCUUAGUCUUCAAUCAAAUCAGUUUGAAGGUCAUGUUCCGUCAUUUUUACAAGGCUCAAUAUUUCUUGAUCUAUCAAACAAUAAAUUCACAAAUUUUUUUUCGUUUUUAUGCUCUAAUGAUGUAGCUGAAUCUUUAUACCAAUUAGACCUUUCAAAUAAUAAGUUUUCUGGACAAAUUCCGAACUGUUGGACCCAUUUCAAGUCAUUGACUUACUUAAAUAUGAGUCAGAACAAGUUUUCAGGAGAAAUUCCUUCUUCUAUGGGAUCACUCUUUGAACUUCAAGUUUUGUUAUUGAGAGACAAUAACUUAACAGGUGAAAUCCCUUCCUCCUUAAGGAACUGCACAAAGUUAGUGAUGAUAGAUAUAACAGAAAAUAGAUUAUCAGGAUCUAUUCCAAAUUGGAUGGGGAAGGAAUUAUCAAAGUUGCAAUUUUUAAGCUUAAGAAAAGAAAUCUGGAUUAUAGGUGUGUACCAUGCUCAAAGAUUAGAAGAUUGUGUGGGUACCAUGCUCAAAGGAGAGGAAAGAGGAAUUCUGAGAUGA